AUGGCGCCAAACCUCCACCUCUACCACACCCCAGGCUCCUGUUCCCUGGUCUCACAUAUCGCUCUAAACAGCGCUUCACUUUCUUUCAACGCAACAAAUCUCCAUGCAGCGCGGGGCUUCCCAGCAUCGCAGCUACAUCUCAACCCCAAAGGCCGGGUCCCGAUUCUAGAAAUCGAUGGUGAACUCAUCACCGAAACACCGGCUAUCCUUGCCACCAUCUCUGCUUUGGCACUUGAGAAGAAUUUACUUGGAAAGGGAGUGAUGGAGCAGGCGAGGGCGUAUGAGUGGAUGGCGUGGUUAUCAGGGACAAUGCAUGGACAGGCUUUUGGAUGCUUGUUUCGGCCUGCGCGAUUUAUCAAGGAUGAAGCGACGCAUGAAGCUCUGCGCGAAUCAGGUAGGAAUCAGGUCAAGGAGUGCUUUGAAUACGUUGAGAAGAAGUUGGAGGCGAGGACCUGGGCUAUUGGUGAGGGCUUUACCGUGGUCGAUGCGUAUCUGCUGGUGUUUUAUAGGUGGGGUAACAUGUUGAAGAUGGAGAUGCGGGACAAGUAUCCAAACUAUACCAGGCUCGCGGAUGCUGUCAUGGAAAGGGAAGACGUAAGGAAGACCAUUUUGAGUGAAGGCAUAAGUGCGCUGAACGAGUGA